UUUUAUUUCCCCAAGUGAAAAUACAUUUGCCUUUUAUUCCUGAGAACGAAAGGUCUAGUAAUAACUCCAAAGUAGGACUGGGAAAAUUUUCAACUCUCUGUGUAUUUGUAGAGAGAGAGAAGGACCACGUAAACAAAUAGAGUCCAUGUAUGUAAUGAAGGAUUCUUGUCAGAACACGAUACUACUAUCUACUACUACUCUUCUUCUUCUUUGCUUUUAAUAAACCUCUCUUCGCUUCUUGAUUACUACUACUAUUCAAUGUCUGGCGAGGCUGCUGUUUCUUCUUCUUCAUCAUCUGGGUUUAAUUUGGAAGGCAUUGAUGAUGUUCAAGAUUAUCCAUGGGCGAAUCCAGGAGAGGAGGAGCCAUCUAUAUCCCGGGACAGAUACAAUCAUCUCUAUCAGAUUGUCCAGAUGGGUAACAAAGCUUAUCGUGAGAAUAGAUGGGAUGAGGCUAUCAAUAGUUACACAAGGGCUAGCAGUAUUAAGCCGAAUGAUCUUAUUAUUCUUAGCAACAGAUGUGCUUCAUACCUCAGGUACAGCCAAUUUCUGAAAAGUAGAUCUGCAUUAGAUUCGGAAUACAGGCCUUUGAGUGGGUUGGAUCCAACAACAUACGCUGGGCUUGCAUUAAAGGAUGCUGAGAAGGUGAUGCAUCUGCAGAAUAAUUCAGUUACCUCAUACAUCCUGAAGGCAAACUCACUCAUUUUGUUGGAAAAAUAUGAGCUUGCCCAAGAGGUAAUUCGUUCAGGACUUCAAAUGAAUCCUGUAAGCAAUCCCCUUCUAAAUUUGGAGAAAUCAAUCACAGCUACACUUGGAAGGAGAAGCCAUGGGAGACCACAGCGUAGUGAUGAUUUUGACUGCACUCUGUGCUUAAAGCUAUUGUAUGAACCCAUAACAACUCCCUGUGGACAUUCUUAUUGCCGUGCAUGCCUCUUCCAGUCAAUGGACCGAUAUAACAGAUGUCCCUUGUGCCGAACAGUUCUUUUCAUUAGUCCCAGAACAUGUGCAAUCAGUGUAACAUUGAAUAACAUUAUACAAAAAACUUUUCCUGAGGAAUAUGCUGAAAGAAAGGCUGAGAAUGACAGUUUGAUAAACCUUGGUGUUGAUUUGCUGCCUCUUUUUGUCAUGGAAGUUAUUCUACCAUGCGAGAAGCUUGCACUUAACAUUUUUGAACCUCGUUACAGACUAAUGGUUAGGAGGAUAAUGGAAGGAAAUCGUCGAAUGGGAAUGGCUGUUCAUGAUCCUACUACGGGUUCAGUAGCAGAUUAUGCUUGUGAAGUGGAGAUUGUAGAGUGUGAGCCACUUCCAGAUGGGCGUUUCUUUCUGGAGAUUGAAAGUCGACGUAGAUGCCGUAUCAUACGCCAUUGGGAUCAAGACGGAUAUCGUGUUGCUGAGGUUGAAUGGAUACAUGAUAUAUGCCCAGCCGAAGGAACAAGAGAGAGGCAUGAAUUACUGGACACGGCAAAUAAGGCAGCAGCAUUUGCUCAACAAUGGUUAAGGAACGCACAAGAAGUAGCAGCAGAUCGUAGACGUGCAGAACUUUUUAGAGCUGAAGGAUUGAUGCCAUCACCACAGGAUCCUGAGCGCUUAAGUUUUUGGCUCAGCACUCUGACCAAUCGUAGACCAACAGAGAAAUUAGACCUGCUUCAGAUAAUAGAUACACAUGAGAGGAUAAGGCGAGGACUUCUAUACAUGAAACAAGAAGAACAAGGUUGCCGACUACAAUAAUAUUUGGCGGAACAUGUAAUUAGUUUCCUUUUACAUGAAUGGAGAAGGCUACCAGCUGCUAUAAUUUUUGGCCAACCUGUAAUUAGUUCCAUUUUGUGUGUGUUUUAUCAUUGGUUGUUCUGUAAAGCUCAUUUGAUUUCAAUAUUUUUUCGAUCCACAUUUCCAGUACUUGUGGAUCCUCUACCCAUUUCUCCUCUUUCAUAUAGAUUUGUUGUUGAUUUCAACUUUUCUCUGAUGUAAAGGCCUGCAGUGUUGUUGAAUUUGGUUAUUCAUCUGUUGUAAAACAGUGGGUCUACCCCGCAAUACAUACAUCUGUUGUAAAACUGUGGGUCUACCCCGCAAUACAUACAGUAAAAACCAAAACUACGAAUUUUGUAGCCUCAUUAGCUCAAGAAGAAUGAAUCUUUCCUCC